GGCCGAGCGCGGCCGGACCAGGGCUGUCCCCGGCCGGACCCGGUGUUGCUCGGCCCCCACCGACCUCGGGCCGGCCCCCACCCCCUCUGCACCGCGAGGCCGGCCUUCAGCCUCCUCCCCGCCCCCCUCCCCGGAGAGGGGGUGGCCCGAAACCAACUUCUGCUCGGGAACUCCGUUCUGCCCCUUUCUUGGCCCAGGGCGACCUCUGCAGCCCUGACAGCGACAGGCUUGCCGCGCUGUGCCCAUAAAGGCCCCUCGGGUGGCCGGGCGCCUCCCCGGCUCUUUCUGGAUGGAGGCGCCCCAGGAAGGAGCCGGCUGACGCUUCGGCCUUCGCUGUCCAGCCGCGGCUGACCAUGGGCACACGUCCCCCAGUGCACAGGCCGCGGUGAGGAGAAGGAGAUGCUGCGCCAGCUGGCUCCCCGGGAUCUUGGUCUGAACGCUAGGAUGGAGCUGGGCCCGGCGACGGAGACCUGCGUGCUGGAGCCUCGGUGUCUCCAAGAUGGGGGCCUGGGGCCUGGUGCCGUCUCAGGGGGCUGCGGUGGGAGUAAGAGUCAGGAGGAGGAAGAGGCUCAGGAGAACCGCAGCCCACGGCGGCCAACAAGCUCAGCCCCAACAGGGCCCAAUGAAAUGGCCGAGGAAGCACAGCAGGGGCGGCCAGAGUCACAACCGCAGCAAUCAGGACAGCGACCGGAGCUGCGGCAAGAGCUGCGGCACCAACAGUUACAGGAGCCGAAGCAGCAGGAGCAACAGUUACAGCAGCACCUGCAGCAGCAGCAGCGACCAGAAGAAUUGUUACAACAGCAGCAGGAACAGUUACAGCAGCAGCUGCAGCAGCAGGAACAGUUGCAGCAGCAUCAGGAACAGUUGCAGCAGCAGCUGCAGCAUCAGGAACAGUUGCAGCAGCAGCACCUGCAGCAGCAGCAGGAAAUGUUACAGCAGCCCCAGCAGAAACAGUUGCAGCAGCAGGAACAGUUGCAGCAACAGCACCUGCAGCAGCAGCAGCAGCAGCAGGAACAGUUGCUGCAGCAGCACCUGCAGCUGCAGCAACAGGAACAGUUGCAGCAGCAGCACCUGCAGCUGCAGCAGCAGGAACAGUUGCAGCAGCAGCAGCACCUGCAGGAGCAGCAGGAGCAGUUACAGCAGCAGCACCUGCAGCAGCAGCAGGAGCAGUUACAGCAGCAGCACCUGCAGCAGCAGCACCUGCAGCAGCAGCACCUGCAGCAGCAGCAGCAGGAACAGUUGCAGCAGCAGCACCUGCAGCUGCAACAGCAGGAACUGUUACAACAGCAGCUGUUGCAGCAGCAACAGUUAGAGCUGCAGCAGCAGGUACAGUUGCAGCAGCAGCAGCAGCAGCCGCCUCCUCCGCUGGAGCCAGAGGAGGAAGAAGAGGUAGAGCUGGAGCUCAUGCCAGUUGACCUGGGGUCAGAGCAGGAACUGGAGCGGCAGCGGCAGGAGCUGGAGCGGCAGCAGGAGCUGGAAAGGCAACAGGAACAGCGGCAGCUGCAGCUCAAACUUCAGGAGGAGCUGCAGCAGCUGGAGCAGCAGCUGGAGCAGCAGCAGCAGCAGCAGCUGGAGCGGCAGCAGCUGGAGGAGCAGCAGGAGGUGCGGCUGGAGCUGACGCCGGUGGAGCUGGGGGCCCAGCAGCAGGAGGUGCAGCUGGAGCUGACCCCCGUGCAGCCGGAGCUGCAACUGGAGCUGGUGCCCGCCGCUGGGGGCGGCGGUCCCUCGGCCCCGGGGGCUCCAGCCGCCGUCGUGGUGGCGCCCCCGGGCUACGUGGUACUGCAGGAGCUCAUGGUUCUGCCGGCUGUGGCCACGCCCACUGUGGUGGCCAUCCCCGGCCCAGCGGGCAGCGCAGCCCUGACUCCGGCUCGGAACAGGAGGCGCUGGAGGGCAAGGAGUCGGCCCUUCCCGUGCCCGGACUGCGGCAAGCGCUUCGUCUACAAGUCGCACCUGGUCACGCACCGGCGCAUCCACACGGGCGAGCGGCCCUACCGCUGCGCCUUCUGCGGGGCGGGCUUCGGGCGCCGCUCCUACCUGGUCACGCACCAGCGCACGCACACCGGCGAGCGGCCCUACCCGUGCCCGCACUGCGGCCGCAGCUUCAGCCAGAGCUCGGCGCUCGCCCGGCACCAGAGGACUCACACGGGGGAGAAACCCUAUGAGUGUAAGGAAUGUGGGAAAUCUUUCUGUGUGAAAUCGAACUUAACUAAACACCAGAAAACACAUACUGGGGAGAAACCUUUCAAAUGCAAUGAGUGUGGGAAAACUUUCUUACAGAAGUCACAGUUUGCUGACCAUCAGAGAACACACACAGGGGAGAGACCCUGGAAGAAACCCUAUGAGUGUAAAGAAUGUGGGAAAACCUUCUGUGUGAAGUCAAACCUCACUAAACAUCAGAAAAUUCACACUGGUUUGAAACCUUAUGAAUGUAAUGAGUGUGGCAAAGCCUUCUCCAUGAAUUCCAUCCUAAUAGUGCAUCAAAGAACCCACUCAGGGGAGAAACCCUAUGGAUGCAAUGAAUGUGAGAAGUCUUUCUAUAAAAAAUCAGCCCUCACCAAACAUCAGAAGACUCACACAGGAGAGAAACCACAUGAGUGUGAUGAAUGUGGGAAGGCCUUUCAUAUGAAGUCAACCCUUAUCAUACAUCAGAGAACUCAUACUGGAGAGAAGCCCUUUAAGUGUAACGAAUGUGAGAAGUCAUUCUAUGUGAAGUCACUUCUUAACAUUCAUCUGAGAAAUCACACAGGAAAGAAACCCCAUGUAUGUAGUGAAUGUGGGAAAGCAUUUUCCAUGAAGUCCAAUCUCACCGAUCAUCAGAGGACACAUUCGGAAGAGAAACCCUAUGAAUGUAACGAAUGUCAGAAGACCUUUUGGCAUAAAUCAACUUUAACUGUACACCAGAGAACUCACACAGGCGAGAAACCCUAUAAAUGUAAUGAGUGUGGGAAAUUCUUCUAUAUGAAGUCAGCCCUCAGUCAACACCAGAGAAUACACACAGGGGAAAAACCUUAUGAAUGUAAAGAAUGUGGGAAAACCUUCUUCCAGAAGUCACACCUCACUAAACAUCAGCGAACACACCCAGGGGAGAAACCCUUUGAAUGUAAGGAAUGUAAAAAAACCUUCUUCCAGAAGUCACACCUCAUUGAACACCAGAGAACACACACUGGGGAGAAGCCCCAUGAAUGUAACAAAUGUGGGAAAUCCUUCUGUUAUAAGUCAGCCUUAACCAUACAUCAGAGAACUCACACAGAAGAGAAACCUUACAAAUGCAACGAAUGUGAGAAAUCUUUCUGUAUGAAAUCACACCUCACUGUCCAUCAGAGAACUCACACAGGGAAGAACCCCUUUGAAUGUAGGGAAUAUGGGAAAACUUUUUAUGUGAAGUCAAACCUCAUUAAUCAUGAGAGAACUCACACAGGGGAGAAGCCCUAUGAAUGUAAGCCAGGUGGGAAGUCCUUCUGUAUGAAGUCGACACUCACAGUUCCCCAGUGCACACACACAGGGGAGAAGCCCUAUGAAUGUAGCAAAUGUGGCAAGUCCUUCUGCAGGAAGUUGACUCUCACAAAACCUCAGGUAAUUCACACAAGAGAGAUACCCUAAGAUGCAAUAGAUAUGGAAAAUCCUCCUGAAUGAAGUCAAGUUUUGUGACACGAAGAAAACCCAUGAGAGAAACCUUAUGACUGUAAUAACAGGGAGAUCUCCUCCUCCUCAGGAAAGUCAGUCUUUAAUCAGCAUCAGAAGACAGUGAGGAAGGGGUUGGUGGGCUCUCUGGAAUGAAUGUUGGGGAAGUAUCAGUGUCAUACUGUACUAAAUAUCAGAGAACUUACAUGGAGAGAGAGAGAG